AUGGCUAAUAUUGCUGCUGAACGUUUUCUGGCCGAUCGGACUGCCCCCUUUGGCAGCCUUAACGUCGCAAAGGCAUUCCGACAGCUCAGCUCCAAGGAAAAGAAAUACGCUCAUUACAUCGGGCAAGCUUCCUGGGCGGGCGCUCGUAUCAUACAGGGUCAAUGGACGCCUCAGGCUGACAAGCUCUACGAUCUCUUGAUCCUCACCUUCAGCACGGACGGUACGUUGGGGGAUCUGAAGGCUCUGCAGCUGAAAGCUGGUCUCACGGAUGAGGAAUGGGAGGAUCUUUUGCAAUAUACCAGCCAAGUAUUGAGCAACUUGGUGAACUAUAAAUCCUUUGGAUUCACAAAGAUCGUGCCGCGUCUGUCCCAAGAGAAGUUCGCUGCUGUGAUCGAGAAAUCGGCAAACGCAGCCAAUGCCAUCCCACUCUGGGACGAGCACAUCUACGCACUGGAACCCGAGUCAGCGCUCUCUAUUGGCAAACCUCUGCUCGGUCACGUCUCAAACUAUUACCUCGGAGAGCCCAUCACAGAUGAGGAAGUUGCUGCCGUGCAGGCGACGGCUGAGAAAAUUGGCGUGGACGUUCUCAAUACUCGUGUCAAGAAAAACAGUAGCAGCGACUUCACUCUACUCGUCGCGUCUGCGGAUGCAACAUCUAGCUCGACACAUGAUAUCCAGAUAUUGGACAGUGCUGCAAAACUUACCGUCGAGUAUGGCGACUUCUCAGGGCCCUUGACUAAGGCCGUCGCAGCACUGACCGAGGCCAAGAAAUUUACCUCGAAUGAUACGCAAACUGCCAUGCUGGACGGUUACAUCAAAUCCUUCCAAACUGGAUCGAUCGAUGCUCACAAAGAAGGGUCUAAGCAAUGGGUUAAGGAUGUCGGGCCCGUCGUUGAAUCAUACAUUGGCUUCAUCGAGACUUACGUCGAUCCUUACGGCGGCCGCGCCGAGUGGGAAGGAUUCACUGCCAUCGUCAACAAGGAGCUCAGCGCAAAGUACGAGACCCUUGUCAACAACGCUCCUGAAUUGAUCAAGGAGCUUCCUUGGGGAAAAGACUUCGAAGUUGACGUCUUCAAGAGGCCAGACUUCACCGCUUUGGAAGUCGUAUCGUUUGCCACUGGUGGUAUUCCCGCUGGUAUUAAUAUUCCCAACUACUAUGACAUCAGGGAGUCCACUGGCUUCAAGAAUGUGUCUCUUGCCAACAUCCUCGCCGCAAAACCACCAAGCCAAGAAGUGUCCUUCAUUCAUCCUGAUGACCUUGACCUGUACAACGCCUGGGAUUCGCGGGCCUUUGAAGUGCAGGUUGCCAAUCACGAACUACUCGGCCACGGCUCCGGCAAACUGUUCAAGGAGGAUGCAGACGGGAAGAAAAACUUUGACUCCAAGGUCAUCAACCCACUCACUGGAAAACCUAUCACGUCUUGGUACAAGCCCGGGCAGACACCGGAUGCAGUGCUCGGGGAAGUGUCGUCAUCUAUGGAAGAAUGCCGGGCGGAAACUGUGGCGCUUUAUCUCGUCAGCAAUCCUAACAUCCUUGAAAUUUUCGGUUAUACCAGUCAGAAGGACGUCGAAGACAUUCAGUAUAUCACCUUCCUAUUGAUGGCGCGCGCCGGUCUUCGCGCGCUGGAGUUCUAUGAUCCCAAGGCGAAGAAACACGGCCAGGCACAUAUGCAGGCACGCCUUGGAAUUACACAGCACCUGAUCAAUGGCGGGAUCGCUCGUCUUGAACAAGUCAAGGAUGCCAAUGGCAAGCUCGAGAACCUCUACGUCCGAGUGGACCGCGAGAAGGUCCUUUCGCACGGCAAGGAAGUCGCAGGAAAACUCCUCAUUGACCUCCAGGUGCGCAAGAGCACAGCCGAUGGCGCCGGGGCACGUAAGUUCUACGCAGAACUAACGACGCCGUUCCCCGGUUGGGAUGGCGAGAUCCGUGACAUAGUCUUGCUAAAGAAACAGCCCCGAAUGGUAUUCGUCCAGCCAAACACAUUUGUCGAGAACGGCGAGGUCGUGUUGAAGGAGUACCCCUUGACGCCUGCCGGCGCCAUCGAAAGUUUCAUCGAGAGAAAGCUUUAAUUCGGCGGCGAGAAAAUAAAAGUGGCUGGUAUAAGUCCGGUAGGCGCAUAAGGGACAAAGAAAUUACAUCCAACAUGCAGCAAAGUUAGGGCGUGGCUAUUCUAUGUAAAGUGAUGUAUGCUCUGGGCAGCCAUGACCAUGUAACAAACCUGACCUUUGGGGUAAAUCUAGCACAUUAAAGUACUUCCCGUACCAAGGCCACUAAAACUGUAACGUCAUCUAGUUUCCCCCCUCGGAAAUAGAAGCCUUCUCUAGCAGCAGCCUUUUCAAAUGGACUGACGCGUGUGCGAUUUACCAUACAUGCUCGAGCAAACUCUGCUGUUCGAUCUGCCAUCGUUUGCACUUGCAUGUCUUCGGGUCCACCGGCCCGGGAGACUAGGCUGCAUAUGGCGGUAAUCUCGUUGUUAAAAACGUUAUCAGAAAGCCCGUCGGUAUAUGCUACGAUAAUGUCUCCAUCUCUGAGCUUUGUUUCGUAUAUGUCGGCGUCUGACGGAUAGUCCAUCGCGUCUGAGUCCGCACGUAUGGGAAGUUUGGCAAGUUGUCUCGGGCAGUUAAAAAAGUGAGUCUGAGAUUUUUGUCGGUAAAAGACUGUAGACGAUCGAAUGAUCAUGAAACCGCUAUCUCCCAGAUUAGCAGCCCGAAGGAUUCCCGAUGACGCAUUGAGAUUGACUAUGCACGCAGUGCUAGAGCCUGCCAGCACUGCCCGCUCUCGCAGGACACCUUCAAGCGCUAGCUGCAUGCAAUUCCCAGGUAGUAACUCCCAGCCCUCCACUUCUUCGCGCUCUUCAUAUUCUUGUGUUGGGUCGAUCUCCGGCUCACCUGGCCACGCACUUGAAGAGUAUCGAUGUGCAUGAUACAUUAAAGCUUGGGAAAAGAGUGAAGGGUCCACGCCGCUUUCAGCCCACCCGCCGACGCCAUCUGCCACUCCCAAGGAUACGCCCGAUUGAUUUCGCAUAUCCUGGACAUAAAAGAAAUCUUCGCCGGCAUCCUUGCUAGAGCUGGAGCUUGCCCUAGAUAGUGUUUCGUUCCUCCAUAGACCUAUUGGGCUGUCACCAGGAAAAGGCUUGACCUUCUUUCGCGAGCGAGGCUCUGGUGGUUUGGCUAUCCAGCUAGCACCGACGUGAAACCUGUAUGGGCGUGGCAUGCUUGACGCAAAACGCGUCCAAGCUGGCAUUGGUGCUUUGAGCCUUGAGGGGGCAUAGUUGGUGGAUAGCGAAGAGAAGAGCGAGCUGUUGAAUUU